AUGGAGAACGCCAAGCCCAGUAGCAGCAUCGGCGUCGAGAGUCUCACGUCCGGCAGAGCCAUGAUGGCCAACGGGCCCGACGCGCUGCACACCUUCGUGGCCGACACGUUCGAGGCUGCCAUGGGCCGCGAGCUGCCGCAGGUGGAGGUGCGCUACCAGAACUUGAGCGUCACGGCCAACGUGGCGGUGACUGGCGAGAUCACGGCCGACUCGGAGCUGCCCACGGUCUUCAACACCAUCAAGCGCAGUCUGGCCAAGUUCGCGUGGAACAAGCGCGUGGUGCAGAAGGAGAUCAUCAAGAACGUCAGCGGCGUGCUGAAUCCCGGUACCAUUACGUUGCUACUGGGCCAGCCGGGGUCCGGUAAGACGUCGCUUAUGCGCGUACUGGCCGGUCAGUUACCAAAGAGCGGCAACGUGGACAUUGAAGGUGACGUGACGUACAAUGGAGUGCCUCGAGAGGAGAUCACCAAGCUGCUCCCGCAGUUCUCAGCGUACGUGACCCAAUUCGACAAGCAUUUCCCCAAACUCACUGUCCGUGAGACGCUGGAGUUCGCUUAUGCCGUCUGUGGAGGAGGCAUGCCCCAGCACAUGGAGCAGAAGCUGAGCCUCGGCACUCCGGAUCAAAAUGCCAAGGCCAUUGAGACUGCGCGCCACUACUUCGAACACUUCCCCGACCUGGUCAUCGAGCAGCUCGGGCUCCACAUCUGCCAGGACACGAUCAUCGGCAGCGGAAUGCUCCGUGGCGUGUCGGGAGGAGAACGGAAGCGGGUGACGACUGGCGAGACGGAGUUCGGCAUGAAGUACAUGACGCUCAUGGACGAGAUCAGCACGGGUCUGGACAGCGCGGCGACGUUCGACAUCAUCAAGACGCAGCGCAGCAUCGCUAAGUGUCUGCACAAGACCAUCGUGAUCGCGCUGCUCCAGCCUGCCCCCGAGGUCUUCAACCUGUUCGACGACGUUAUGGUGUUGAACGACGGCGAGAUCAUCUACCACGGACCACGCGAGCAGGCUGUACCAUACUUUGAGACGCUGGGGUUCAAGUGUCCACCAGGGCGUGACGCUGCUGACUUCCUGCUUGACCUUGGCACGAACAUGCAGAAGAAGUACGAGGCGGAGCUGCCCAUGAGAAUCGUCAAGCACCCUCGUCUCGCUAGCGAGUUCUCGGAGUACUGGCGCGAGUCCCCUCUGUACGGCGACCUUGUGGGUGCCAUCAACGCUCCUCACGACCCUGAGCGCGUGAGGGACGUCGAGGAGCACAUGAAGAUGAUGCCCGAGUUCCGUCAGAGCUUCUGGGAGAGCACCAAGACUGUGACUGCGCGUCAGUGGAAGCUGACGAAGAGGAACACGUCCUUCAUCUACGUGCGCGCGUUGAUGACGGUGGUCAUGGGGCUGAUCUACGGCAGCUCGUUCUUCCAGGUAGACCCGACCAACGCUCAGAUGACGAUCGGUGUCUUGUUCCAAGCCACGAUCUUCAUGAGCUUGGGCCAGACCGCGCAGGUCCCGACGUUCUACGAGGCGCGCGAGGUGUUCUACAAGCACCGCUCGGCCAACUUCUACCGCUCAGCCUCCUUCGCCAUUGCCAAUUCAUUGGCUUUGAUUCCUCAGGCCAUUGGCGAGAGUCUCGUCUUCGGCUCGCUGGUCUACUGGAUGUCCGGGUUGGUGCCCGAAGCCGGUCGCUUCAUCAUCUUCUUGGUCAUUAUGGUGCUGGUCAACCUCUCGUACGCCGCGUGGUUCUUCUGCCUGACUGCGAUCUGCCCCAGUUUCAACAUCGCCAAGCCCAUGUCGACCUUCACCAUCGUCAUCUUCAACCUCUUCGGUGGCUUUGUGAUGGCCAAGAACGUGAUGCCCGACUGGCUGAUCUGGGUCUACUACCUCGUCCCGGACUCGUGGUCUCUGCGCGCGCUUUGCGUGAACCAGUAUCGCGCCGCAAAGUUCGAUGUGUGCGUGUACGACGGCGUCGACUACUGCUCCGAGUAUGGCAUGAAGAUGGGUGAGUACAUGUUGAAGCAGUUCGCGGUGCCGUCCAACCGCGACUGGGUCUGGACGGGCAUCAUCUACAUGAUCGGCCUCUACGUGUUCCUCAUGGCGCUUGGGGCCUUUGUGCUCGAGUACAAGCGCUACGAUGGACCGGUGAAUGUCUUCCUCAAGCCGAAGGACGAGAGCAGCGACGACUCGAAGAAGGAGACGAAUGACUACUUGCUGGCAACAACCCCCAAGCAUUCCGGAACGUCCGCUGGCUCAGGGUCAGCCCCACACGAUGUUGUGGUUAACGUCCCUGUCCGCGAGAAGAUGUUCGUGCCCGUGACCAUUGCCUUCCAGGACUUGUGGUACUCCGUUCCAAAGCCUGGCAGUCCGAAGGAGUCGCUCGAGCUGCUCAAGGGCAUCAGUGGAUAUGCUGAACCUGGUACUUUGACUGCUCUGAUGGGGUCCUCCGGUGCUGGUAAGACGACGCUCAUGGAUGUUAUCGCUGGCCGCAAGACUGGCGGCAAGAUCACCGGAAAGAUUCUCUUGAAUGGUUACGAGGCGAACGACUUGGCUAUUCGGCGAGCCACCGGCUACUGCGAGCAAAUGGACGUGCACUCGGACGCGUCGACGAUCCGCGAGUCACUGACGUUCAGUGCGUUCCUGCGCCAGGACAGCAGCAUCCCGGACAGCAAGAAGUACGACACGGUGAACGAGUGCCUCGACUUGCUGGACAUGCACGAGAUCGCCGACAAGAUCGUGCGCGGGUGCUCGCAGGAGCAGAUGAAGCGACUGACGAUCGGCGUGGAGCUGGCUGCGCAGCCGAGUAUUCUGUUCCUGGAUGAGCCGACGAGCGGCUUGGACGCUCACUCCGCCAAGUUGAUCAUGGACGGCGUUCGGAAGGUGGCCGACAGUGGACGCACUAUUGUGUGCACGAUCCACCAACCUUCGUCGGACGUUUUCUUCCUGUUCGAUCACCUGUUGUUGCUGAAGCGCGGUGGUGAGUCUGUGUUUGUCGGUGAACUUGGCGAGAAGUGCCACAAGUUGGUGGAAUAUCUCGAGGCCAUUCCCGGUACGCCGCCGUGUCCGAAGGACCAGAACCCUGCGUCGUGGAUGCUGGAGGUUAUUGGCGCUGGAGUCAGCAGCACUGCAUCCACCACGACGGACUUUGUCAAGUGUUUCCAGAAGAGUGAGGAGAAGCGAAUUCUGGACGCGCAGUUGGAUCGCCCUGGUGUGACCCGACCGAGCCCCGACCUGCCCGAGAUUCUGUUCGAGAAGAAGCGCGCAGCCAACUCGUACACUCAGAUGCGGUUCCUGGUCAAGCGCUUCAACGACCGCUACUGGCGGACGCCAACCUACAACAUCACGCGGUUCGCCAUCGCACUGGGCCUGGGGAUCCUGUUCGCUAUCGUCUUCGCCAACAAGUCGUACGAGACGUACCAGGAGAUCAACGCCGGAAUCGCCAUGGUGUUCAUGACCUCAAUGUUCAACGGCGUGAUCUCGUUCACGGGCACUCUACCCAUCUCGUUCGCCGAACGUGGGGCAUACUACCGGGAGCGCGCGUCGCAGAGUUUUAAUUGCCUCUGGUACUUCGUGGGUUCUACCGUGGCCGAGAUCCCGUACGUGUUCUUCAGCACGGCGCUCUUCACGAUCAUCUUCUACCCGUCGGUGGGCUUCACGAAUGUGGCGUCGGCCUUCAUGUUCUGGGUCGCCAACUCGCUCUUCGUGCUCAUGCAGACGUACCUUGGUCAGCUGUUCAUCUACGCGAUGCCGACGGUGGAGGUGGCGGCCAUUGUGGGCGUGCUCUACAACUCGAUCUGCUUGAUCUUCGCGGGUUUUAACCCCCCGGCGGCCAACAUCCCGCGCGGUUACCACUGGCUCUACCUCAUCACGCCGCAGAAGUACUCGAUGGGUCUCCUCAACUCGCUCGUCUUCACGGAUUGCCCCGAUCUACCGACGUGGAACGAAACUACGGGCGAGUAUGAAGGUGGAAGCGGUCUGCUGGCGUGUCAUGAACUGACCAAUGCACCGAGCUCGCUGGGUCACACCACGGUGAAGGAGUAUGUGGAGUCCAACUUCGAGUACAAGCACUCGCAGAUCUGGAGCAACUUCGGCUACAUCUUGGUGUUCAUCGUGGUGUAUCGCGUCUUGGCGUUGGUGGCGUUGCGAUUUAUCAACCACCAGAAGAGAUAA